AUGGAUGCUCUUACAAGACUUGUGAUCAUCUUCUCCUCUGUAUUCUUCAUCUUAAAAAUUUCCGUUGCAGUAGACACCAUUACUGCAAAUCAAAUUAUUCGUCAUGGGGACACAAUAACUUCUGCUGGAGGGAGCUUUGAACUGGGUUUUUUCAGUCUGGGGAAUUCGAGAAACCGAUACUUGGGGAUAUGGUACAAGAAGUUGGCUACUGGGACUGUGGUGUGGGUUGCCAACAGAGACAUCCCACUCACUGAUUCAUCCGGCGUUUUGAAGGUCACCGUCCAGGGAACUCUGGUUAUUCUCAAUGGUACUAAUACCAUCAUCUGGUCUUCUAAUGCAUCACAAUAUGCACAGAAUCCAACUGCCCAGCUUUUGGAGUCUGGAAAUCUUGUUAUGAAAAAUGGGAGUGACAGUGACCCGGAAAACUUCCUAUGGCAAAGUUUUGAUUAUCCAGGCAACACUCUUCUACCAGGCAUGAAGCUAGGGAGAGACAAAGUAACAGACCUGGAUCGGUACCUGUCAUCAUGGAAGACCACUGGUGACCCUUCUAUGGGUAAUUUCACAUAUGAGCUUGAUCCAAGUGGAUUUCUUCAACUGAUUCGGAGGAAUGGCUCAGCUGCGACAUUUCGCUCUGGAUCCUGGAAUGGUCUACGUUUCAGUGGCUUUCCUGCAUUAAGGCCGAACCCUAUUUACAAAUAUGCUUUUAUUUUUAACGACAGGGAGAUUUUUUAUACUUAUGAGCUUAUUAACAGCUCUGUUGUUUCUGUUAAAAUCUGGAGAGAAAUAAGGAACUAA